UGAAAAUCAAAAUGUGACAAAACUUUUCUACCUCCAAAUAUAGCAACCUUCAUAACCACCACAAAAAGCAAAGGAAUAAGGCUCUUGCAUCACCUAUAUAAGAAAUUGGUAGCACACUAAUGUUUUUCAUCACAAGGGGAACAUAAAACAGAACAAUAUAUAUCAAAUACCAUCAACUAACGCCAACAAAUAAAUAAAUAAAUAAAAUGGCAAGAUCAUUUGUUGUCGUUGCUAUCAUUGUCUCUACUUUUUGCUUUUCAUCUGUCUUGGCUGCUCGUAAGGCACCAACCGGCGUUGAAAUUUUCUCCGUUGUUGGCAAGAUUUACUGCGAUCCAUGCCACUUCGAAUUUGAGUCAAGGCUUAGCCAACCCCUUGAAGGUGUUAAGGUGACUUUGAAGUGCAGAAAGGGAGACAGCAACAAUGUGACAUAUGUUAAAGAGAGUAGAACUGAUAUAAAUGGUGUCUACAAAAUUAAUGUUGAUGGUGAUCACGAGGAAGAGGUAUGUGAAGUGAAUGCUGAUGCAACCGGAAAGGGUGCAUGUUCACAGGUUAUGGCAAACAAAUCCGACAGGAUUGUCCUCACCAAGAACAUGGGUGUCUCUUCCUUAGUUCGAUUCGUUAAUCCCCUUGGGUUCAUGACUCAGGCAAUUGAUAGCCAAUGUGGAAAUGUUUUUUCUGAAUUGGGUUUGGACAAGCUUGAUGAUUGAAUUUCAUAAUAUCAAUCGUUCAACUUGUUUCAUCCUAAUAAAUUUAUAUAAACAAAAUACCCAUUUAAUGUGGUUAUUUUAUUAUUAUGGCACAAUUGACCCAUAUCAAUUUUAAAACUGUAAAAUUGUGUUGUUUGGUUCUCUGUGACUAUAUAAACACAUGUACUUCAUUAUAUAUUCAAUAACAAUUUGGAGAUAUUUGGUAUUUUA